CUUUCCAGCUACAGGAUGUUCCAGGUGCUCCAGGGUCACAUCCAGCCGGCUCCACACAGAGGCUGUAAAACCCGCCUGGUCACCAAAGACGGGCGCUGCAACAUCGAGUUCGGCAACAUCGAGUACAGCAACCACUUUGCGUACCUACUGGACUUCUGGACGACGUUCGUGGAGAUCCGCUGGCGCUUCGUUCUGCUUCUGUUCGUGGCCUCGUUCACCGGCAGCUGGUUCGUCUUCAGCCUGCUGUGGUACUGGAUCGCAAAGAGCAACGGGGAUCUGACGGGGCAGAACCGAACCGACGGACAUGUGCAGUGCAUCGAUAACGUCAACGGUCUCACGACGGCGUUUCUCUAUUCGUUGGAGACUCAAACCACCAUUGGGUACGGGGGUAGAGCAUUAACCGGACACUGCGCCGGAACAGUUGCUCUAAUCAUCAUCCAAUCUCUAAUCGGCGUCUUCAUCAAUUGCUUCAUGUGUGGCGUCAUAUUAGCCAAGAUCUCGUUACCCAAAAGGCGGGCGAAGAGCGUCACCUUCAGCGACACGGCCGUCAUCUGCCUGAAGAAAGGAAGUCUGUGUCUUCUGCUACGAGUCGCGAAUCUACGAAAGACGUUACUGAUCGGCAGCCAGAUUUACGGAAAGCUGCUCAGGACAACGACCGCUCCCGAUGGAGACACCGUCAUUCUGGAUCAGGUGGAUAUCGACUUUAUGGUGGACAGUGGAAAGGAUAACUUGUUUUUUGUUUGCCCUUUGACCCUGUACCAUGUGAUUAAUACUUCCAGUCCGUUCUACGAGCUUUCAGCGGACUCUCUCCCCAACCAGGACUUUGAGUUGGUGGUCUUUUUGGACGGGAUAGCAGAGUCCACUAGUUCUUCCUGCCAGGUCCGAACCUCCUACAUCCCUCAGGAGAUCCAGUGGGGGUUCAGCUUCCUGCCCAUCAUCUCCCGCACCAAGACGGGAAAGUACCGGGUGGACUUCUCGAACUUUUCCAAAAGCGUGCGGGUCACAACGCCACACUGCGUCCACUGCUUUGAGACGGACGCAGACCAGAAAAACCACAACAGUCACAAUCAGGAGAAUCAGGACAAACAGCAGAAGCUUGGCAUCGACAACCUCGGGUUUCAGGUGAUCGACAUUCACGACUCGAUGGACAUCACUAAAAUGUGA